CUAGAAAAUAAGCGUGUAUUUUAUGUCAUUGUGUUUUUCUAUAUUACAAAGUAGCAUUUAGUGGCCGUGUAAUGUGUAAGAAAGUUGUGUGAUACAGGUGCAGGAGGGCAGACCAGCUGACUGAGGAGCAGGAGGAGGGGCAGGCAGGCUGGCCGAGGUCCUGCUGCACGCCGACACUGAGCACACUUGAACGGAGGGAAGCUGCGACGCGCGCCGCUGCUGCUGGUUCUGAGCCCCCGGCAGCCAUCAGACAUUCACCUGUCUAGGAGUUUAGCUAGCAAGCUAAAUAGUUGAAAGUCUGAAAAAAAAAAGUCUCUACAGUAAUAAGUUAAAGAUAGGAGCUGUAACUAGUUGUUGCAGUUGCAGGUUAAAAAUGUCUAUCUUACCGUUCACCCCUCCAGUUGUGAAGAGGCUUCUUGGCUGGAAGAAAGGAGAGCAGAACGGACAGGAGGAAAAAUGGUGUGAAAAGGCUGUCAAAAGUCUGGUGAAGAAGUUAAAACGGACGGGACAGCUGGACGAGCUGGAGAAGGCCAUCACAACACAGAAUGUCAAUACGAAAUGCCUAACUAUACCCAGGUCUUUGGAUGGACGUCUGCAGGUUUCCCACAGAAAAGGUCUUCCUCAUGUGAUCUACUGCCGCUUGUGGCGCUGGCCAGAUCUGCAGUCCCACCAUGAACUCAGAGCUGCCGACCACUGUGAAUUUGCCUUUCACACCAAGAAGGAUGAAGUAUGUGUCAACCCCUAUCACUACCAGAGGGUGGAGACACCAAUUUUGCCUCCCGUUCUAGUGCCACGACAUACAGACAUCCCUGCCGAGUUCCCACCACUGGAUGACUACAGCCCAUCCAUCCCUGAAAACACCAAUUUUCCCGCUGGCAUUGAGCCCCAGAACAACUAUAUUCCUGAAACUCCCCCACCAGGGUACCUGAGUGAGGAUGGUGAGACAAAUGAUCACCAGCUUAACCACAGCAUGGACACAAGUUCACCCAGCCUGUCACCCAAUCCUGUAUCCCCUGCAAACAAUAAUCCUGACUUUCAACCUGUGACAUAUUGUGAAUCUGCCUUCUGGUGCUCCAUCUCCUAUUAUGAGUUGAACCAGCGUGUUGGAGAGACCUUCCACGCUUCCCAGCCCUCCCUUACAGUAGAUGGAUUCACAGACCCCUCCAACUCCGAACGCUUCUGUCUGGGCUUGCUGUCAAACGUCAACCGCAACUCAGGAGUAGAGCUCACACGCAGACACAUAGGUCGGGGUGUGAGGUUAUACUACAUUGGGGGUGAGGUGUUUGCAGAAUGUCUCAGUGAUAGCGCCAUCUUUGUCCAAAGUCCUAACUGCAACCAGCGCUAUGGGUGGCAUCCUGCCACUGUGUGCAAAAUACCUCCAGGCUGCAACCUGAAGAUCUUUAACAACCAGGAGUUUGCUGCACUGCUCUCUCAGUCAGUCAACCAGGGAUUUGAGGCAGUCUACCAACUCACCAGGAUGUGUACUAUUCGGAUGAGUUUUGUUAAGGGUUGGGGAGCUGAGUACAGACGUCAGACAGUGACCAGCACCCCCUGCUGGAUAGAGCUACAUCUUAACGGUCCCCUUCAGUGGUUGGACAAGGUCCUCACACAGAUGGGCUCCCCCAGCAUCCACUGCUCUAGUGUGUCCUAGGAGCAGCCCUCCUUCCCAUCCACACCCAAAACCCCCAUAGGAAUCAAUCCACAGAAACAGCAUUUCCCCUGCUGUAUUUGACAUUUCUCAUCACAUGUACAGCACUGUCUUUAGUGUCUCAAUUUCAUGAUCAUUGUAGGACAUUUUUAUGGUUUUUAUUAUUUUCAGAAGACAGAAAUGCAUCUUCAUGAUUAUUCUUUUACAUAUUAUGUCCAUCCUUCCGGUUAAUUAACUUUACAUUUCACAAAGGAGACUGAAAUGUUUGUUUUCCAAGUUGGAAGAUAUGCAGUUUCAACUUGGCCAUCGACAUGUUUUAAAACAUUUUUGAUUCUAUGAAUUAAUCAAUAUUAUGAAUAAGCCUUUAGUGUCCCAGCAAUCACUGAAUUGGGAAGCUUAUUUAUUAAACAAACCAUAAAUUAACAUGAGAAAUGUUAUUUAUAGUGACAGAAUAUAUUUCAUUAAUAUUUUAAGUAGAAGGUACUAUCCUUUAUUGAUUUAUGAUCAAUAAAGAAACCAAUUAUCUGAUCAGUGAAUUGGUAUUUUGUCUAGUUAAAAAAACAGCAUCAGUGUUUCUGAUAUAGAGCCCUUGUAUUAAAAGUAUUUUGCUCAAUGAAAGAGACAUUUUCUAAGUUAUUUUUGCAUAUUGUCCUGCAUGAGAAUCUAUUUUUCUUAUUGCCUAAAUAUGAUUGUACAUAAAUAUUUAUAGCUUGUGUAAUCUGCUAGUCAUCCAUUGCUUGAAAGGGUGGGUCAAAGUGAACUCUGGCAUGGGUGGAUUCACAGUAAGACUACUUGGAUGAACUUUUCAGGUGAGUUGGUUCUGAAGUGUGGCACAGGAAUACUGUACCAACCAUUAGUGUUAUUUGAUAACGGGCUCGAUGAGUCAUUAUAGUAGACUGACUGAAUCUGGACACCAUGUGACUUGAAAUAUGAAGUGUACAGUGACCAAGGUUGUGUUCAUCUGUUGUUGGCAGUGUGGAGUGAAAAAAAACAAUGCAGGUCCUCUUAUGUAUUAUCAAUUGUUAACCAAUGGUACACUAUGCUCCUUAUGGGUAAAUGAUGCAUUUCAAGUUUAUUGUGUCACUUUAA